UCUGACAGCCACAGACGCGUACGAAUUUGCGUUUUGAGAAAAAAUAAUAUUAUUUCUAAUUAAUUUUUUACGUCUGAUAUGAUACAUAUUCUCUCAAACUAAAAUACAUAUAGCUUUAAACAAUGAUUACGCUUAAUAGGAAAUUGAAAAAGGAUCACCCUGCAGUGGAACCUACGAAUGGGUUGACUACGAACGAAUCAGUGGUGAGAAGAAUAUCAGUGAGGGAUAAAUUGUUGAUAAAAGAAGUGCAGGAGAUGAAUGAGAACCUUCCCGCUACGUGUAGUGUAUAUUUCGAAGACCCUAACGUGUUGAGUGAGUUCAUAUUGACUGUAGAACCAGAUGAAGGGUACUGGUUGGGAGGCAAGUUCAAAUUUAGUGUUUUUGUCACAGAAGACUAUAAUAUGGCUCCACCACGAGUGAAAUGCCUGACAAGGUUGUGGCACCCCAAUAUAAAUGUGGAUGGUGAUGUCUGUCUGUCACUGCUGAGACAAACUUCUAUUGAUGAGCACGGCUGGGCGCCUACCAGGAGGUUGAAGGAUGUUGUGUGGGGACUGAACGCUUUAUUUACUGAUCUCUUAAAUUUCGAAGACCCAUUAAACAUAGAAGCAGCGGAAAUGUACAACAAGGACAAACUUGAAUUUCAAUUUAAAGUUCAGGAAUAUAUUACAAAGGGCAAGAGAUGAAACUUGCAUAAUCAAGUCGUUACUACAUAUAUGUAUUGUAAAAGAUAAAGAAUGAUGCAAUGAAUUUUAUCUAAAGGGGAAUUUAGCAUGGUUACCAUAGUAACGGAAUCUAGGAAAUACAAUCAUUUGCUUAUAUAUGUGCUUCCAAUGUAUAUUAUGGGUCUGGUAAUACAUUUUGUAUAUAACAGAACAUUGUCUAGAAAGUUAUAGAAAUUUGCUAGAGUAUCUAACUCCACACACAUGGUUACUGGUACUGUAUAGUUAUUUGAUAUGCUUAGCCUGUAUUAUUGUGAUAUAGAGAUACUGUCAUACAUUAUAAUUAAUAUACAUAGUUGUGGAAAUCAUAGCACUUCCUGCAAGCAAUAAAACUAGGGUAUAAAGUACUGUAGAGCACAUAAGGAAACUAAUUACUAUAUAUUUGAUAUAUUUUAUAGAAGCAUUUUUUCAUAGUUACUAUUGUCAUAGUUGCAUAUACAUAUUUAUGUACCAAAUUCAAGAGUUGAUAGCUAUUUUAAUGUUUUAAAUAUAAUAAUAUGAUUGCAUUGUAGUACAAGUUUUGAUAUUGUUAUCAAUCAGUAGUUUGAGCAAAUAGUUAGCAGAUCAAUGCAGGUUUUUAAUAAUUCUAAAUUUUGUAUGUAAUUAGUGAAUUAAAUAUAUUUCUCAUCCAAGCUAAUGUCACGCAACGAUAAAUGGGAGGUCGAGAAAUGUCAGAGCCAAUUAAAUAAUUGUUAUAAAUAUAAGCAAGAAGAUAUUCAGAACAAUUCUAAGCCAUCUAGCCAAUGUAAUAAGAAUUCAAAUAGGAUAAAAUAUAUUAAGGUCAGAUUUUUAUAUGCAGUCUAUUAUAUACUAUUUCCAAUUUUGAAGUCCAUCAUUGUUAUAAAGAAAGCUACCUAGUUAAGUUUUAAAACCUUUAAAACUUUAACCUUUAAACUUGUUCUGCACUAAAACGUUGUCUAUGCCCCAUGCUAAAUUUCCCAAUCCUAGUUGAUUAUGUAAUGCAAUAAAUACUCCAAAAAGUGAUAAUGUUUGUUUUGUGAACUGGUGUAUUUUUAUUGACACAGUGCUAAGAAGCCUUAUUUCACAGAUCUUAUGAUAAUUAAAUAAUUAAAGUCUCGAACUUCAAAGUCAGAAGUGUUGUGAUAUGGUCUCAUUUAUACUUUUUUCUUUAUUUUCUAAGGGAUUUAUGUAUGGUAUUUCUUGCAUGCAUACCUAAGUUAUCAAAUUGUUUCGUACUAGCCCUUGUGUUACCAAUUGUCAUUUUUUCUCUUGAAUGGCAACCAAGUCUAUAACAAUGUUGUCGACUAUCGGCCGAAAUUAAAAAUCUGGUGGCGUAUUAUGACGUCUUAAAGCCAUAGUGGUCCGCUGAGGGAACGAGAUCUUGCUAGACAACUUGUAUAGCAGUAUCUUUCCCUCAAUGGAACCAUUAUGACGUCAUAAUAACCCCGCUGAUCUCAGCCUAAAAUCUGUAGAUUAAGAUGGAUGGACACAGAAACUCCAUAGUGUCUCAGAUUUUUGAUGAAUUUGCGGCCGUAUACUGCCAAACUACUAGUAGUCAUUUACAAAUGAAGUCUUCCUCUUUUAGCAAUCACUAUUUAAAAAUACACCAGUAUAUAUUUGCAAUUGAGAGUAAUAUAAUGGUAUUGCGUAAAUCGUGUCUUCAAAAAUUAUAAUGUCAUUUUUGCAUGGCGUACCAUGAAUACAAUGAAAUAGUUUUUUUAAAUAAAUCAGUUUAUUAUGAUACAUUUA